UUUGAAGAAAUUUAAGAAAUAUCCUUUUCACCCAUUAAAUUCACAGACGACAUUAUUAGGUUGUUAUUUGAAUGAUAAGUAAGUCAAAUUGCGAUAAUAAAUAAUCACUUUAAAUCUGAAUUAACUACUUUCACUUUAAGCUAAAUAAAUAAUUAUGAUCAUGAUUAAGAUGUUUAAAAAUGCUUACAAACGUGAUUCUUACGUUUUUAUAUUGUAUUGUACUACUCAAUUUCAAUCAUUACUCAUAUAAAAACCACACACAUUGAUAAAUCGGUUCAGUUCACAUAUGCACAGCCUGUUGAAUGUUACGUUAAACGUACGGCUGCCUAAUUUCUAACAAACAAAUUGCUGUUUUUUUUGUAAUAAUGGAAACAAAAACUGACCGUAACAGUGAUAUUCGAAAGUGGUUAAAAGUUGCUCUAGCAGAAGAAAAUCUUGAAAGUUUUUCAGUCAAGAUAACUGGAAGUUCUGAAAAAGGUGACGGAUAUGUAGGAGACGUAUUUUUCCUUGUUGUAACAGGAAUUGACAAACAAGGCAAGAACAAAGAAUACGAUCUUGUUUUAAAAUGCAGCAAAUCUAGUGCUGCUUUAAUGGAAAGUGUACCUGUUUUCACAAAAGGAUUUGUAAGAGAAGCUUACCUGUAUCAGCAUGUUUUUCCACUUUUUAAACAAUUUCAAAUUAGUAAAGGCAUCGAAAAGCUCUUUGAUAGUGUGCCGAAAUAUUAUGGUGUUUACAGCGAUGAUUUCAGACAUGUUAUCGUGUUGGAAAAUUUGAAGAAAUUAGGGUAUGACUUGUGGCCAAAAGCAAAACCACUAUCAAGGGAGGUUAUAGAUAUUGUAAUAAAAAAUUACGCAAAAUUUCAUGCGACGUCAGUGGCUCUCGAAGAGCAGUGUCCUGAAAAUUUUCAAAAAUUGCUUAAAGGUUUAGCUGAAAAUUUAGCAAAAGAAUUUAUUGAAACAAGUGACUUUGCAAAUAUGUUUCAAAGUGCUGUGGAAGAGGUAUAUGAACUGCUAACUGAAGAUGUUAAAAAGGAGAUUUUAGAGCAAUGGUUAAAACUCAAAGAAAAAGUUUAUUUCAUUUUCGGUGAAUUGAUAUCAGCUACUGAUGACUUAAAAGUAAUAAGCCAUGGAGACUCUUGGGUGAACAAUUUUUUAUACAAGUUUGAAAAUGAAGAGAAAACGACCGUUUCCAGGGUAGCUAUACUCGAUUGGCAAGUUUCCAAAUUUACUUCACCUGUGACUGACCUGUCAUACUUUUUGUUCGCUGGCAUAUCGAAAGAAGACCUUGCUGACAUCGACACGAUUUUAAGAGAUUAUUACAAAUACUUAUGCGAGUAUUUAAGAAGGCUAAGUAGCAAGUUUGCAGAUACAUAUACUCUAGAGAAUUUUUUUGACGAUUGGAAAAAGUAUGGUCAAUAUGGUUUGGUGAUGUGCAUUAUGCCGAUCAAAACUUUAUAUUCAAAGAAAAAAGAUCUUCCGGAUCUGGCUGAAAUUGCCGACCGAGGAUUAAAUGUUGUCGAAUCUCUUAAAUUUGAAACCAGUGAUAAAAAUGGCUUUAAAAACAGGUUGAAACCAAUUGUCGAAUAUGCUGUCAAAAAUAAUCUGGUUUAAUAACAUGUUCAAACCUAGAUGUUGUUAUUAUUUAUAGAUAUUUUAGCUGCUGAUAGUUAUUGAAGCUUUAUUUCACUUUUACUGUAUGUUGAAUAUUCAUCAAUGUAGUUUUAUUAAUAAAAAAGUUAAGAAGGAAAUAUUAGUGCUAAAGCUCUGCUAUGUUCUAUAAAUUCGCUGUUGUAGCGUAUUAUCAUGUGUCGAAUAACGAUAGACGACCAUACAAAAUAUGUACAAUAUAAAUUUUGUGUUAGGUAUACAUUGCUUCUUGCAAUACUGUACUACCUCGAUUUAUAGAAAGAUUAAGUUUCAGGGUGCACUAGUUUUGUUGCAAAAGUUUUUGUUACCGUUGUUAUGACUUUAACAUGGUAGGGAUUAAGAUAAAUAAGCAAACAGUGUUUUUGUUACAUAAUUUAGUUAUCAUAACGCAAUUUAUAUUUUCUACCAAUGAAGUGGCAAUACUGCACUUACAUUAGACGUAAGACUAUAUCAUUUUUAAGAAACAAUUUAAGUACCCACAUAUACCUAUAUCAAAUUGUUAAUUUUUUGUAAUAAUGAAAAUAAGAACUGAUCAUGACAGUGAUGUUCAAAAGUGGUUAAAAGUUGCCCUAACAGAAGAAAAUCUUGAAAAUCUUGCAGUCAAGAUAAAUGAAAAUUCUGAAAAAGGUCACGGAUAUGUGGGAGACGUAAUUUUCGUUGUUGUAGAAGGAAUUAACAAACAAGGCAAAAACAAAGAAUACGAUCUUGUUUUAAAAUGCAGCAAACCUAGCGCUGCUUUAAUAAAAAAGGCACCUCUUUUUAGAAAAGCGUUUGUGGGAGAAGUUUACUUGUAUCAACAUGUUUUUCCACUUUUCAAACAAUUUUAAGUUAGCAAAGGCAUUGGAAAUCCCUUCGAUGGCAUGCCAAAAUGUUAUUGCUUUGGAAAAUGUGAAAAAAUUAAGGUUCAAGCUGUGGUCAAAAGAAAACCAAUAAGAAGGGAAGUUAUACAUAGAUACUGUGAUAAAAGAUUAUGCAAAAUUUCAUGCGACUUCAGUUGUCUUGAAAGAGUAGCAUCCUGAAAAAUUUCAAAAGUUGCUAGAGGGCUCUGCUGAAAAUUUUGUAAAACAAAUUAUGGAAACAGCUAGCUUUAUAGAUAUGAUUCAAGAUGCGAUAAAAGAAGUUUAUGAGCUGCUAACUAAUGAUGUUACGAGUAUUUAAGAAGACUAGAUAACAAGUUUGCAGAUACAUACACCAUAGAAAAUUUUUUUGACGAGUGGAAGAAGUAUAUUCAAUAUGGUUUGGUUUUGUGCAUUGUGCCGAUCAAAUCUUUAUAUUCAGAGAAAGAAGCUCUUCAGAAUAGAGCUGCAGUUGCAGAGAAAGGAGUAGAUAUUGGUAAAUCUUCAAAAAUUUGAAACGCAAAAUAAAAUUGGCUUCAAAAACAGAUUGAAACCGAUUGUCCAAUAUGCUGUUAAAAAUAGUCUAAUUUAAUAAAAUGUUAAAACUUAGAUGUUACUGUUAUUUGGAUAUUUUAAUUGCUGAUAGUUGUUUUAGUUUUAUGUUGGUUUCAGAGUAUCACGAAUUUUCAUCAGUUUAAUUUUAUCAAUAAAAAAAGUUAAGAAGGAAAUAAUCACAACUGAAGCACUGUUCCUGUGUGUUUUAAAAAUUCGCUGUUGUAACCUAACUUUAAUUUCGUUGUCCGCUAAAAAUUUGUAGCCAUGUUGCCGCUUAUGUUAUUGGAAGAAAUUGCAACGUUGGUGGACGUGGAAAAACGUAACCUUGCCAAAAUGUUGAUGAUGUCACACAAUAUUUUGUUAUGGAAAAACUAACUUGAAGUUCAUAACUUGUUUCUUUAUCUGUACUUUAACAGUCCACGUACCUAUAUCAUUAUUUUAAAAUACCUAUAAUCGUUAUCAUGAAAAAAUAAAGCUCGUAAAAUCAGAUUUAAUAAUUAUUCAAAACUAUACUUCAGAGGCAGGGGAAGUUCUGUUUAAUAACUUGAUAAAUUUCGUGUACACGUAUCAGAUAAUUACAAAGACAAUAAAUAGUAAUUAUUUAAAAAAAAAAAGAAAUAAAAUUAGCUAUAAUACAAAAAUAAAAUAAAAUAUGACGAUUUGAAGAAAUUGAAGGAAUAUCCUUUUCACCCAUUAAAUUACAGAUGGCAUUAUUAGUUGUUAUGUGAAUGAUAAGUCAAAUUACGAUAAUAAAUAAUCACUUUAAAACUGAAUUAACUCCUUGCACUUUGUACAACAACAGAUUUGUAAUAAGCUAAAUAAAUUAUUGUUAUUAUCAUCAUCAUCGAAGUUGUAUAAAAUUGCUGAAAAAGAUGAUCCGUACGUUUUUCUAUUGUAUUACACUACAUAACUUUAAUUAUCAGUUAUCAUUUAACAAUCAUUAUAUAAAAACCACACACACUGAUCAAUCGGUUCAGUUCACAAUUGAACAGCCUGUUGAAAGUUACGUUAAACGUACGGGUAUCUAAUUUCUAAGAAACAAUUUAUAGCAAAUUGCAUUUUUUUUUAAUAAUAAUGGAAACAAAAAUUGACGGUGACAGUGAGGUUCAAAAGUGGUUAAAAGUUGCUCUAGCGGAAGAAAAUCUUGAAAGUUUUUCAGUCAAGAUAACUGGAAGUUCUGAAAAAGGUGACGGAUACGUAGGAGACGUAAUUUUCGUUGUUGUAACAGGAAUUGACAAACAAGGCAAGAACAAAGAAUACGAUCUUGUUUUAAAAUGCAGUAAACCUAGUGCUGCUUUAAUGGAAAGCGUACCUGUUUUUAGACAAGCAUUUGUAAGAGAAGCUUACCUCUAUCAGCAUGUUUUUCCACUUUUCAAACAAUUUCAAAUUAGCAAAGGCAUCGAAAAACCCUUUGAUAGCGUGCCGAAAUGUUAUGGUGUUUAUAGCGAUGAUUUCAGAUAUGUUAUAGUGUUGGAAAAUUUGAAGAAAUUAGGGUAUGACUUGUGGCCAAAAGCAAAACCGCUAACAAGGGAAGUUAUAGAUAUUGUAAUAAAAGAUUACGCAAAAUUUCAUGCGACUUCAGUUGCUUUGGAAGAGCAGCAUCCAGAAAUAUUUCAAAAAUUGCUAGAUGGUUCUGCUGAAGAUUUAGUAAAACAAAUUGUUGAGACAGCUGGCUUUGUAACUAUGUUUCAAGACGCCGUAGAAGAGGUUUAUGAGCUUCUAACUAAUGACGUUGAAAAGGACAUUUUAGAGCAAUGGUUAGAGCUUAAAGAUAAAGUUCGUUUCAUCUUCGGUGAAUUGACAUCAGCUAUUGAUGACUUAAAAGUAAUAAACCAUGGAGACGCUUGGGUGAACAAUUUUUUGUAUAAGUUCGAAGUACGUGUAAGUAUCAAAUUUAAUUAAGUUUAAUUUUAUUAAUUUUUUAGAAUGAAGAGAAAACAACCGUUUCCAAAGUGGCUAUACUCGAUUGGCAAGUUUCCAAAUUCACCUCACCUUUAACUGACCUCUCAUAUUUUUUGUUCGCUGGCAUAUCGAAGGAAGAUAUUGCUGACAUCGACACUAUUUUAAGAGACUAUUACAGAUAUUUUUGCGAGUAUUUAAGAAGACUAAAUAGCAAAUUUGCAGAUACAUAUACCAUACAGAAUUUUUUUGACUGGUGGAAAAGGUAUGGUAAAUAUGGUUUGGUAAUGUGUAUUGUGCCGAUCAAAUCUUUAUAUUCGGAGAAGAAAGAUCUUCCGGAUAUGGCUGAAGCUGCCGACCGAGGAGUAGAUGUUGGCGAAUCGUUUAAAUUUGAAACCAGUGAUAAAAAUGGCUUCAAAGAUAGGUUGAGGCCAAUUGUUGAAUAUGCUGUCAAAAACAGUCUAAUUUAAUAAAGCUGUAAACACUUAAA